GGACACGAGUGCUCCCCCCAUUUCCUGAUGAUAAGUCCCUUUGCGGUUUCCAACACAUCUUCAAUGGAGGAUAUGAGGCUGGGUACUAUGGUUACCAGUGGUCAAAGGUUUUGUCCGCUGAUGCUUUCUCUGCAUUCGAGGAUGUCGGACUAGAAAAUGAGAAGGAAGUCCAACGAUUAGGAAGAAGAUUCCGGGAAACCGUGCUCGCACUUGGAGGUGGCAAACAUCCGCUAGAGAUUUUUAUUGAUUUCCGAGGAAGAGAACCUUCUAUGGAGCCACUUCUUAGGCACAAUGGCCUCUUACACUAUGCAAAUCAUAGUGUACAAUCUAAUCCUCAUACAAUUAAUUAUUGUACAUAUGCCAUUUCUUGGCGAUUAGUUUAUAUUUCUCUAAUGAUUCUUUUUACAUUGUUAGUAUUCAUAUUUAUGUUCUAUUUGGGGUGUAAUGUGACAUUCCAUAUGUAAUUCGAUGUUGUUGGUAACUUUAUUCCUA